UAUAGUUAUUAAAUCUAAAAGGAUGCAAAGUUAUAGGAGAUAGAUAAUUAGCAAUUAUCACUGUUUUGAUUUUGUAUAUAGUCAUGAUAACAUCUUGUGUAAUGAAGAAACUAGGGUGGUUGGACUUGGGAAUGGGUUGCCUUUAGAUGUUGUGGAGACAGUACAUUUAUGCUCAUCAACAGUCCCGUAAAGCUGAUUACUAUUUAAGAUCAGGAAAGUUCGAAGAAGCCAUUUCAUGUCACCAAAGAGCAGCAGAUCUAUUAGAUGAUGCUUUAAAACAAACAAGUUCUGAUAAAGCAAGAGAAUCAUUGGUUCUACAGAGGGAUUUCCAUUUUCGACAAAAAGCUGUAGUUCAGUACAAACAAAAUCAACAAGAUGCCACAAAGAAGGCUGCAGAAAACUUGAAAGCUGAUGUGGCUCGAUUGAAAACUGCCAAUGAAGAGGAACCACCGGGAGAACAGCAUCCAUUAAAUUCAGAGAAUAUACAGCUUGCUAUAUUUCGAACAAUGGCAGAAAAUGAUUCACUGCUUCAGUUUCUGAUUCAGCCUAAUGUUACAACAAAUAGUGAAACUGUUAAUUCAGACUGUGUUAUGGAAUCAAAGUCUUAUGACAGCAUCAUCCGAGGUGCAAUAAAAACACCUAAAGAUGAUAAAACAUUGAUUGAAGAGUUGCGAGUAAACAAUGAAGAAUUAAAGAAAUUAGUUCAGCAGUUAAUAGGAAAAUUAGAGAAAGCAUCACAGGAGAACCAAAAUCUUCGAGUCACCAUUGAAGAUUUACAAAGAAAAAUUGUAGGUCAAGGAAGUAGAACUCUACAACUAAUGGCAGAUCGAAAUUCUCCUUACCAGUUUUCUCCCAUCAGCGAUUCAAGUCCUGGUGGUGGUUUAAGAGAGCUUCCAGCUUUAGCACCAUUAGAAAUCCCAAAUUUUGACUUCACUUUAUUAAGAAGUGAAGCAGCAAGACAAAGUUUAUAAGGUUAAUUUAUAUGUUCAAGUAUUUUAUUUCUGAUGAACUCAUGAUUCUUGAUAUACAAAUUAUUGUAUUUGUAUCAAUAUACGAACAAUGUAUUAGUUAAUAAUAGUCUACUUAAAAUCAAUUAAGAAAAUUAGUAAAUGCUUUAAAAUUAGAAAAGUGUUAAUACUCAUCUUGAACUGAAAAUUAUAUUGAUAAAAAUUUUCAGAAGAUAUAAGGAUUUUUAUAUAACUUGAUGGGUACAAAAAGUGCAAAUUCUUGCUAACUGUGAAACGUGUUAAACUUGUUUAUACUAGGAUUUUUUUAAGUUAUGCUAAUUGUGAAAAAGAUUGCUUCAAAACCUAAAACGAGCAAUUACUUUUCACAAAACAGAAAUUUUAUAUGAAAUAACAAAAGUAAAAAUCUCUGAAAUGUAAUUAUGUCAAUCUAAUUCACACACACUGACUGGCCACUUUAUAAGGAAGGCUUCUCUCCUAAUACCAGGUGGUAUCAUACUUUACCAAUCCUUCACAUUUGAUGGGCGCCAUCACACUGAUGCUUGCUAGUGGCCGAAAUUGAGUUUUGUGAGGGCUUGUUAGAGCUCCCAUCAAGUCUGUCAUGAUGCCAGCUGUUUUUGGCCAUCUACUGGUCCUUUUAUUCGUAUCAAGAAAUAAAUACUUUUGAAUUAUAUCUUAAUUUUUUGUCUUGGCAUUGGUUACACAAUCAAACAUUGUUUGUAUAUAUUGACAAGAUCACAAAUAACCUCUUGUGAUCUUGAUGGCUGAUGUAACUCCAAUACUUUAAUUUUAGUUGGCCUAGACAUGCAAUGUUAUACACAUUGUAAUAUAGCAUUUUCAAACUAUGUUGUUGUAUAUAGAUAUCAAAUAUUUGUAAUUGAAAAACUAAGUCAAAGUUUUAUUGUUUAAAUUACAAAAUUAAAUAUUAACAAAUUCAGACCAGUAAGAAGAGUUUUAGUAAAUAUGAUCAUGACCUAAAUUGCAUUUGGUGAACUAUUUCUGCAUGACACACGACCUCAAGGGCUAUUGUAUUGAUUGGAGGUCAUCGUACUUCAGUGGCAUACUGCAGACAUGUCUCACUUUAGCUGGAAAAACUGUUUUGCUGAUAGAAAAACAGUACAAUUCAGUCAAUACAAGUAACUUGAGAUAUGGCAUCAGCCUCCUAACAGACCCCAUGGACUGUUUGAUGGGGGCUGUUUACAACCUUAUAUUUUCAAAUGUGAAGGACUGCUUUACUCUGCUAAUAUUCUAAACUUAGCAUGACAUAGUUUUCAACAAGAUGACAGAAGGUAUUUUGUUCAUUUGUAGCCUGUGGUAUACAAUUUUCUAAUGAGAUGUCAGCACAAGAUUAUAGUGGCAGAAUUAACUAUCACAUUCUUCAAACCUGUUUCGUCUUGGAAAAAUCCUUGUGUGUUAACGUGGAAAUGUAGCAUUAUGAAGAAGACAAAUAAUAUUCUGUAGCACUGGAUGCUACUUGCCAUUCUGAAAAAAUUAAACACCCUAAUCUCUGUUAUAAAAAUGUUCCCCAUAUCAUUUACACUAUCUACAGGAAUUUGCACUUUAAUAACAAUACAUGUACCUCCUCAUUGGUUCAGACCAUGCCAUAUGCUUUUAGCAUUUACAUAUGUAUUGUCCAGAAGUUGCUCUCUUUAAACACAAUGGAAGCUAUGCCUUUCUGUUUGUAUCUGAAAUACAUGAUUUUCUGAGUUGUUGUUGACUGCUAUAUGAGAGUGUGAUAAUUCUAGGUUAUACCUGCACAAACAUUCUUGAUAUCUGAAAAACAAGAGAUUUGUAGAAUUUUGUUACAGCUGAAGUGAAAGAGCCAAGAUACUGUGUUGAAAUCAAAAUAAAAAACUGAGCACUUUAUUUCUUAAACUUAAAGCAAAAGAAAUUGCAGUAUAUAGGUGGUCAUCAAAGUAGUAGAAAUAUUGCAGGUAUAUAAAUUAUCAAACCUGAUCAGUGGUAGAAAUAAUACUGAAACAAGGGCGGUAUUUUCACUGAAAGACACACUUUAUUUCUCAAAAGAUAGAGCAGAUCUGAUCUGAGGUUGCCAAAAUUGCAGUCUGUGGUUGGCCCAUCAGAGAAAGUGCACUGGAAUGUGUAGAUAUUUCUAUUUUGUGUAACAGUUAUAAGGUAUCCUCCAAAUGCCAUAUCAUGCAGGGCACAAUGCAGCUAUCCCAUAAAAAACAUGUAUAUCUUUGAACAGGACAAAGAUUUGAUUUCCACAGCAAAAUUUAGUUCUUUUAGAAAGACAAAUUUCUUCAAUAUUGGAGUUGAUCUGAUCCAAAACUUGCAAACUGUAUGUACAGUACACACUUUCUCUAUGGCUAACAAGACAAUAUAAAAGGCACUGGUAUGUGAAAUAUGUUUCAUGUGACAGAGGCAAGGUCAAGCAGAAUACAAUGCAAUUAUCCCAUGAAAUAGUGGGUAAGUUCUCUGAGUGAUCACGCUACAAAGAGUAACAUCUUAGGCUGAAUUUUGCACAUGAUUUCAACCAUAUCUAGUAUGUUCCAAAAUUAGAACUUAGAAAAAUUUAAUAAUUUUGCAUAUAAGAAAUCCAUACUAUGUGAGAGUAUGAUAUGUUUGUGCACUACAAUAGUGAUGUUCUUUGCAUGAAACAUUUGGAGAUAGUUCAGUACUGUAAUGACUAUUUAAGGUGUCUAUCUACUCAUCUUUUCUCUCAGUCAGUCUUCAGCAAUUGGUAGCUACAGUGAUUUCUACUGACAGACAUAUUUGUUUUUGAUUGCCACCCCCGAUACACUUUGAUUAGAACAUUCCUUCUAGAUGGACACUUUCUGUCAUGCUGUUUUGUAAGUCAAAACAGGAUCUUUUCUUUUACCCUUUAUCUACCAUUCUGACCUUCACAUAUUGCAUUUAUGUAAGGUACAAGUACUCAAUAUCUAUCAUGUCCAGUGUGAUUUAUUUUUUCAAAUGUGUUUCAGAGGCUCUAAUAAAGUAGUCAGUCAGGAAUAGAUCAUAAUUAGUCUUGAUUUGGAUUUUGCUUUUAAGUAUACCUUGGUGUACCUGUUAGCAAUC